CCCAGAAGGCGGUGAAGUGACGCGCCCGCCUGGGCAUCUGAACAGGUUUAAUGCCCGCACAGUGCGCAUCCCGUUCCCGGAGACGGCAUCGCGAAUGUUUGACCGUCUACUCGGUGAUUCCUUUAUCAUCCUUUCCCAAUUCUCGCCAUCUUUCGACCAGAUCUUCACCAUUCCUUGCCUCUUUACCUCAUCUCCAUCACUUGUUCCACUCUCUCGUUUUUCUUUUGUAUCUUUUCUUUUUUCUUUUUUCUUUUUUUCUUUUGUGAUCCGCUUCAUUUGCCCUACCCUUGGUCUGCAGGUCAACCAGCUUCCCCACUGGGUCUCCCAUCAACCGCAAUCAGGCACCUCAAAAGGCGAUCAUCACAUUCUGAAAGACGCAGGGUCGCAUCCAGCCUGGUCAAUCCCUCUUCAGCGUGGAGCUGGGUCACGGUGCGCCCAAGGCAAAGCAGGAUUAGGGGUUCAAAUCUUUGAUGGGCGGUGAACCCGUCGAACUGAUCGGGGAUUUUGUGUCACAAAUGACCUCCGAGCACCAGCGGGGAAUUCUGUGUCAGCCGAGCACAACACAACCCUACCUGUUCAAUAUCCUCAAGCAUAUGACGAGAGCCAGAACGGUACAGUAGUCUUGUCGGAUCGAAUGAUUUGCCCGUCCCCGAACUAUCGGGCUCCG